AUGUGGCACCACUUUUGUCAUGUUAAAGAUUUGACCAAUCAACAACGUAACACCCGUUUUAUUCCUUCAGCUAACUUGCCUCAAGGUCACUUACCCAAGAUUGAUAAAAUUUUGCCGAAACAGGAGCAAACAACUUUACCGUUAAUAGCCGAAAUCUCAAAGAAAUCAUUAUUUGGUCAAUUAAAUUUUAUAAAGUAUACAUCACCAAUAUUUCAUUAUCGUCCACACCCUGUACUGUUAAAAACCAGCUUUUACAUUACCACUGCACUUUACUUUAGAAAAAAUAUUCUAAUAAGUAUAUCUAGUUGGGCUUUUGAGGAAAUACUGCGCGGCCUUAUGGAUGAUUGUAAUAUUUCUGUAUGGGACACUUUACCUACCUUAAAAGCAUUUAUGUUGGUCGGUAAUUCGGCAAUGUUCGAAAAUCGCCUUAGUAAUUUAUUGCAUAUUAACCUUUAUAAUCAAAGGGAGUUUCCCUUUAGAAUAGUUAAUUUUGCUUUUACAAAUUUUGCUCAAGGAAAUAUUCAUAAAGCUGUUCUGUUGAAGUUCACAGAUCAUUUUCGUUUUAUUAAUAUUAAUUACUUUACUGCAAAUUAG